CCGCCGCUCCCCGCCCCCGGCCGCCGCCGCAUUUAACGGGGUGAGCGGCCGCCGCCGGCCCGUCCCGUCCCAUCCCGUUCCCGUUCCCGUCCCGCCGCCUCCCGGCCAUGGCGCGCCCGCCCCUGCCGCUGCUGCUGGCGCUGGCCCUGGGUCUCGCCGCCGCCGCCAAGUCCCCGUACCAGCAGGUCCUGCAGCACAGCCGGCUCCGCGGCCGGCAGCACGGCCCCAACGUGUGUGCGGUGCAGAAGCUGAUCGGCACGAACAGGAAAUACUUCACCAACUGCAAGCAGUGGUACCAGAGGAAGAUCUGCGGGAAGUCAACAGUAAUCAGUUACGAGUGCUGUCCUGGAUAUGAAAAAGUUCCUGGAGAAAAAGGCUGCCCAGCUGCGCUGCCCCUUUCCAACAUCUAUGAAACCCUGGGAGUUGUUGGGUCAGCCACCACGCAGCUCUACUCCGACCGCUCCAACCUAAGGCCAGAGAUCGAAGGACCUGGAAGCUUUACGAUUUUUGCCCCAAGUAAUGAGGCCUGGGCAUCCUUGCCUGCUGAAACUCUGGAUUCCUUAGUGAGUAACGUUAACAUUGAGCUGCUCAACGCCCUGCGCUACCACAUGGUGAACAAACGAGUCCUCACGGAUGAUCUGAAACACGGGACAACGCUUAACUCGAUGUACCAGGACCUGCCUAUCCAGAUUCACCACUAUCCCAAUGGGAUUGUGACUGUGAACUGUGCCAGGCUGUUGAAAGCUGACCACCAUGCCACCAAUGGAGUGGUCCAUGUCAUCGACAAAGUCAUUGCUACCACUACAAACAGCAUUCAGCACAUCAUUGAGACCGAGGAAAGCCUGGAAACUCUUCGGGCUGCUGUGGCUGCUUCUGACCUCAACAGCUUGCUGGAAAGCAAAGGCCAGUACACGCUCCUGGCUCCAACCAACGAAGCCUUUGAGAAGAUCCCACGAGAAACACUGAACAGGAUCCUGGGGGACCCAGAAGCCCUGAGGGACCUGCUGAACCAUCACAUCCUGAAGUCAGCCAUGUGUGCUGAGGCUAUCAUUGCUGGCCUGACAAUGGAGACUCUGGAAGGAACCACCUUGGACGUGGGCUGCAGUGGGGAAGAGCUGACCCUCAACGGGAAGCCCAUCAUUGCCAACAAGGAUAUCCUGGCAACCAACGGCGUUGUACAUUUUGUUAAUGAGCUGCUGAUCCCAGACUCAGCUAAGACUCUGUUUGAGUUGGCACAAGAAUCUGAAGUUUCCAAGUCCAUGGACUUCUUCAGACAAGCUGGUCUCAGUUCUCAUCUAACUGGCAGCGAGCGAGUGACCCUCCUUGCCCCAGUGAAUGAGGUGUUCAAAGAUGGACUCCCCGUUGUCGACAGCAACAUGAAAAACCUGCUCCUGAACCACAUUGUUAAAGACCAGCUCUCCUCUAAAUAUCUUUACCACGGACAGAAGCUGCAGACUCUGGGUGACAAGGAACUGAGAGUUUUUGUGUACCGCAAUAACCUUUGCAUUGAAAAUGCCUGUAUUGCUGCCCAUGACAAGCGAGGAAGGUUUGGGACCCUCUUUAGCGUGGAUAAAAUGCUGACUCCACCAUCUGGCUCAGUGAUGGAUGUUCUCAAGGCAGAUCAUCGCUUCAGCACGUUGGUGGCUGCCAUCCAGUCUGCAGGUCUAACGGAGAACCUGAACAGGCCAGGUACCUUCACCGUGUUUGCUCCAACAAACGAAGCUUUCCGAGCCAUGCCCCAAGGGGAACUGAACAAACUCAUGGGUAAUGCCAAGGAGCUCGCCAACAUCCUCAGGUUCCAUGUGGCUGAUGAGAUCCUGGUGAGCGGCGCAGUCAGUGCCCUUGUGAGGCUCAAAUCCAUGCAGGGAGAUAAAUUAGAAGUCAGCAUGAAAAACAACGUCAUACACAUCAACAGGGAGCCCGUUGCUGAAAGUGAUAUCAUGGCCACGAAUGGUGUGAUUUAUGCCGUGAACUCUGUCUUGCAGCCACAGGCUUCCAGGCCGCAAGAAAGAGGUGAUGAGCCUGCAGAUCCCGCACUAGAAAUCUUCAAACAAGCAUCUGCAUUAUCCAAGGUUUCUCAGAGGAAUCCUCGACUAGCACCCGUUUACUCCCGGUUACUAGCGAGGAUGAAGGAGAACUCAGGUCGAUUCUGAGCUGUGUCGUGAGCAACCACAGUCAGCACCUCCAUCCCAUCCGCUCCGGCUGAAGAGAAGGACAGAAUCGUUCUUAAAAACCAAAUAUCACCCUUUGUGUUUCUGAUGAAAUGGAUAGGGAAAAUGAAAAGCCAUAUAUAUAUGUAUAUAUUUUAAGACCAUUUUUAUUUGGGGUUUGACCUAAAAAGUUCCCAGACUGAGGAUAGGUUUUGCCUGGUUUUGUUUUAUAAGGUAGUCACUAAUUUGCAGUUUUUAACUUUGCAGUUUGGGGCUUGGUACAUUCAUGCAAUGCAGGUGCUUCAUUCUGCCCUGGUUCAGGAGCUCACAUUGAUGCUCAGAGCUCACCUUGGUGCUGUCUCACUGGGGGAGACUGAAAGGGGCUGAAUUAAAGCCCCUUUUCCAGGCUCCCAGUGGUACCUACUGCCACUGCAGACUCCAGGCUUCUGGAGUGGGAAGCCAGGGAUAAUCUCACUGAAAACCCCCUCCAAACCAAUGCCAGAAUUGGGCCAUUUGGGCCAGGAUGACUUGGCAGGAAUUGGUGUAUGUUCAAAUACAUCACCCAGGGCCAACUCCAUGGCUGGGCAACCAGCGAUUGCUCUGGAGGAAGUAAAUUUGCUGAAUGAAUUAACCAUUCCCCAAGCAAUUUCUUUUUCCUGUUUUGGGAGUUUAUUUUGUGGGUUGUUUCAUUUUAAUUUAAUUAUUUUUAAACGAGCAUGUUUCCUUCUUCCCUUGUGCUUUAAAAGUCUCCCCUGGAAUUCUGACUUAAAGGCUUUUAACAAAAGCCCCUCUAUUGACAUUGAGGAAACUGCAUAACUAUAAGCUAUAGUUUGAACCUUUCUCUUUAUUUUCGCUGUUUAACUGGGUUCUGUUUAUGCCUAUGGGUUUAAACCGUGCUGCCUUUUGUUCACAAGGUUGAAAUGAGAGUUCUCCCUGGCUGAGUAAAUGAUCCAUUGUUAAUAAUGGUGGGGGUUUUUUUAAUAAAAAAUAAAAAUAAAAUCAAAAAUAUAAAUAUGAAAA